AUGGAGAUCCCACCACCUCCCCAGGGAGCCUGUUCCAGCGCUUCACCCUCCUAGGGGGAGAGUUUUUCCUAAUAUCCAACCUCAACGUCCCUUGCUGCAACGUGAGCCCCUUGCUCCUUAUUCUGCCGUCUGCCCCACUGAGACCAGCCCAGCUCCAUCCUCUCUGCAGCCCCCCGGCAGGGAUUUCAUAGAUGUCAAGGGCUGGAAGGGACCUUGGAAGAUCACUGAGUCCAGCCCCGAGUCCCAGGGCAGGAAGUCAGCUCGGGUCCAAGGAUCCCAGCAAGAUAAGCGUCCAAAUGUUUCGGAGCUGAAGGCUGCUAUCAAAUCCCCCCUCGGUCUUCUCUUCUGCAGACUAAAUCAGCCCGUUUCCCUCGGCCUGUCCUCAUAAAUCAUGUGCCCCAGCCCUCUGUGCUGGACUCCCUCCAGCAGACAUUGUUCCACAAUAUCCCUCUUCUCAUGCUCGAAGCUGCCUUCUCAUUUCCAGCCUGAAUGCAUUCACUCUCUACCCCAUCCUCUCUUGUGCCAGCCUUGCCUGUUGGCUUCAGCCGCUCCGCUCCGCUCCGCUCCUUCCUUGGUGGCAAUGUGAUGGUGGAGCCCCUCUCAGCCCUAGCUUGCCAAGCUUGGCAAACCGGGCUUGCAGCCCCCGCUGGCGAGGGAGGCUCGCCGUUGCCCCGGGCGUGCGAGCGGCUCCAAGUCUGUCGAACUCAUCUCUGUUGCACGUGGGCACCGGGAGCUGAACGCACCGGUCUAGAUGAAGCCUCACCGAUGCCAUGUUCCUUGGUCGUUGGCGCAGACCAACGCCCUGCCGAGUGCGUGACCCUGCCUGCCGCCGGUCUUUAAUGUGCCCUUCGACUUCUCACCUGGCUCCAAGGGUGAAAGCCACCUGCUUUCCUAUGGGCUGCCUAUCGGCUUAGCUGGAGGUUGCUGUGAACAGGUCACCCAGAGCGGUGGUGGGGUCUCCAUCCUCGGAGGUGUUUAAGGCCCAGGUAGACGAAGCCUUGGCUGGGAUGAUGUAGCUGGGGCUGGUCCUGCUCGGAGCAGGGGUCGGACUAGAUGUCUGAGGUCCAUCCCACCCUCACUCUCUGUGAGUCGACCUUUCAUAUACAGGUCGCAGCAUCUUAACAUGCACAGUAGCUGCAAGCACACCCCUCGUCCCCCCUUCCAAGGCAGAGGACCCGCUGGCCUCUGCAGCGUCUGGUCCUGUGCACUCGUACGCGCACUCUCACAGACGUCACCAGGUCUGCGCUGAGAGAUUGCACCUUUCUGUGAAAUCUUGCACGGGAGCGCCUGAAGCAGCAGCUCGGCAGCUGGCCCCUCUGCAUGAGUGAACACCCUUGUGUGUCUACUAUGAAAUGAAGCUCAGGACAUUUGUCUUAAAAAUUCUGGGUUGAUAUUGAACUUUUUUCCCCGUCAGGAGCAGGUCUGAGAUCUUGGUUUCGGCCGCGCUUGAUGAAUGUCUCACAUCAGCUACCUGCCAUGCCGGGGUCCUAGUGAAGCCACCUCGGUCCGUCCUGCAAGCAGCGGGGGACCCUCGCGUCCCCUGUGUUUCUGUCCUGAUCUCAGCCAGGCGAGUCCUGCCCCUGCCCCAGCAGGUUGAUUGCAAUGACCUGUUGUGCAAGGAUGUUCACAAGUCUUAAUUUUUUGCAAUUGUGUUGGGAGGAAGCAACAAAAAAAAAUUGCUCCUUCUCAACCCCCACCCUGUUGCAGAAAUAUCCUCAUUCCUAAGUCAAUGUGGAUUAUAAAAGGGUUGUGUGCUGCAUCUUGGCACCAGAGGAAAAGAGGGCAACAAGGAGACGGAGCUGUGCUUUGCUACGGACUCGGAGCCGAAGGGAGAAGUUUCCAGAGCUGAUAAAGGUAAUAACAUCCCCGCUGCUACCUGCCUGGUUCGUUGCCGCGUGCAAUGGAAACGAUUUUUAAAUGAGAGUGAGUGGUCAUACAUGCAUCUUCCUCGAACAACGUGAAUAUUCAUUUUGCUGCUAAAGAUGUUUAAUUUGGUGACUUUUCACUCCUUCCCCAUACUGCUACCCUGCCUGGCUGUAUUUCGCAUAAAUGCUUCUUCAGUGUUGCUUUUUUAGGGUAAUUUUAUCAGUUUUGAAAAUGUUAAGGGGGGAAAAAUAAAAGGCAGCUUCAUUGCCUGUUGUCACACCUCUGCUACCCGGCUUUGGGAGGAGCAGAGCAUCAUGGGAAAAUCCUUUUUUUGGGCUGAAGCCUGAAAUUUCUGCUGGGCUUUUCCUAACCCUGUGCACACAUGAAAUUCCCAUGGGCAAAGGCGAGACUUGUACCCGAGAAAGGACCGAGUUAAAAUCUUCAGGAUUCAGCCCGUGCUUUUAUUAAGGCAUCAGACCUCUCGGCCGGGGCCGGGGCCGGGGCUGGGGCCUCCCUCCUCUGCUGUGCUCGGAUGCUGGGCUGCCUAACGGAGGUUGGCUUUCUCUGCAGGCAUCACACCCGAAGAUGUUGAAGCUUUUGGGGAUUGUCCUCUUCUGCGGCCUGCUGACCCCAGUGCAGGGACCGGAUCCUGGUGCCAGCUUUCUUGUCAGUCGAGGGGAAAUUGUAAAUUUUGUUGCAGAGACCCUGGUCAAGAAUGGACUUCUCCUGGAGAAUCUCAAGGCCAUCAAGAUCCCAGACAUCGUGAGGGAAGGGAGCCUGCUCAGCGCACUUUUAAAGAUCACUGGAUUGCAUAUUGUCGAUAUGCAGCUUCCCGUCGUGUCACUAGAGCUGCUGCCUAGUGCUGAAUGCCGUGUGAGAGUCUACAGCAAGCUAGAAAUCCAGGGUGACUAUUUGUUUGGCGCCGUUCCUGACCCAAUCGACAUCUUUGCAGCAGUGAACAUCACAGUAAAACUCAGGAUUGCGGACUACUCGUCAGGCACCUACCAAGUCGUCUUUGAAGACUGCCACUUCGUUCUUGUCUCCAUCGACAUCAGCCUCCUCUCCGGGUUACUGCCUGUGUCGGUGAACAACUUGGUGUCCAGCACCCUGAGGAACACGCUGCCUUCCCUGCUGUGUCCAGUCCUUUACGCUGUCUUCAACUUUGUGAAGACGCAUGCGGAGUCCACCAUGAACAUGGUACUCCAGGUUGGUGCAGUCGGGUCGAUCGAGUAUCAGCUGGCCAGCCUUCCCCUGCUUUUCGAGCAACACACUCGUCUGGAUUUGAGUACACUGGUGCAGCCGGCGGAAGGAGGCAGUGUCGCCCCCGCAGCCGGCUCUGCCCCCGCUGCCCUGCCUCCGCUGCGGGGCAACGUGCUAAACCUGGGGCUGACGGAGGCUUUCCUGAACACCGCGCUGCCCAUGCUAGCCCAGAUCCAGCGCCAGGUGUUUGCCUUCAGCCCCGACGUGGUCUCCGAGGCCCCGCAGCUCACGGAUGCCAUCCUGGCUCUGAUUCCUCCUGGGUGUUCCCGCUGCCCGGUGUCGACGCCUCUGAGCAUUGUGAUAACAGAGGCUGGAGCUCCCGUCAUUGCUCUAGAGGCAAACAAAGCCACCGUCAAGCUCCCUGUCCGGAUCCUGGUGUUCACUAAUCUCGCCGAUGGCACCGUCUUGACCGUCCUCGCCCUGGAGGCGGAUCUCGCUUUGAACGCCGACAUCUCCGUCAGCGACGACCACCUGCUGAUCGAAGCGUCCCUGGACAGCGUUGCUCUCGUCCUGGAAUCGUCCGACGUCGGCAUCGUCCACGUCUCCGAUCUCGUGCGGCCGAUGCACAACCUGCUGGAGGAAGCAUACGUGCCACCCCUCAAUGAGGCUCUGCGUGUUGGCAUCCCGCUCCCAAAACUGAUGAACAUCGACUUUACUGGGGCUGUCGUUCAAAGUUUGGAGGACCUGCUCGUGUUGUACGUGUGAGCUGGAAAGCCCGAAGCACGAAGAGGUCUUUCUCAGUACACGACUGGCAGAAGAAAGAAACAAAGGAAAGGCACUCUUUGUCUGACAUUACCCUUUCUCUCUUAGUCUUUUCUAAAUUUGAUUACAAAAAGUUCGGUUAGAUUUUCAGACAGUUUAGACCUAAUUUGCACGUGUAAUUACUAAAAGGCAUCUUCAGAAUCAAGCAGUGGGUCGAUGGGAGGAUGCACGAAUAUAUCUAGUUGGUUGACUUCCUGCGGCUUGUGUGAUACGGGUUUCGGUAGCUGCGUGCGAGGCGAGGGGGCCAAGCUGUGAAAAUCUAGUGCCUUGAGGAAAACUGGAUGAAGUUUUACAUAGGGGCGAGUGCGCUAGGUUUAGUGAGAGGAAAACACAUUCUCGCUGCAGGGAGUUUUCCCCCCUCGCUAAUCGAGGGAGUUUGUAGCAGGACCACGAGCUGAGGGUUGGACAGCCGCGUUUGACUUCUUGUGUAACUCCUCUAAUAAACAUUUCUGCCUUCUC